GUUUAUAAUAAUAUUACUGUUUUAUUUUUUGCUUACUUCCGCCUCAUUCACCACAAUGUAAGUGUGUUUUUAUAACUUCAAUCAGAUCCAACUGGCGGUAAUAUUUUGUUGACGGACCCCUUUGACGUUAACUGUCUCUUCCGGUCGGUGUUGUAAACAUGUGACACGUCCGAUGGCUUCCCCCGCUCCGUUGAGUCUGAUCGGUGUGUGUGACGGAGAGCUGGACCCUGAAACACACCGGUCCUCACACCGGACCAAUAAAGUCGGAGGACUCCCGGACUGGGCUCCGACCACCUCCCGGCAGCCACCGCGCUGCGGCCGCUGCGGAGCCCCGUCAGCCCACGUGGUCCAGGUGUACUGCCCCCUGGAGGCCUCCCCCUCCCACCGGACCCUGCACCUGUUCGCCUGCCCGGCCCCGGGCUGCGGCGGCCGGGCGGAGGGGUGGACGGUGCUCCGCUCUCAGAGUCUGGAGGCGGCGGCGGGGACACACAGCCGACCCGCCCCGGCUCAGGAGCCUCCUCUGUCGGCCACUGACUGGUGUGACACCGCUGAUGACUGGGGGACGGAGGAGGAGGAGGAGGAGGGGUGGGGAGGAGGUGUGAUGAAGGACAGACAGGUUCAAGAGGAGGCAGCGGCUCCGGAAGUAGAGGCCGCAGGUGAGACUGACGUCAGCAGCCGGCUUCAGGGCCUCAGUCUGGGUGAGGAAGACGUUCCCGUCCUGCGUCCGUUCUUCAUCGGCGUGGUGGAGGAGUCGGAUCUGUCCGGGGAGGAAGACGAGCUGCGGCACGCCCGGCAGCUGCUGAAGGAGUACGAGAGGAGAGAGGGAGUGGCGGUGGCGGAGCUGGAGGGCGGCGAGGACGGUGGCGGGCAGGAGAAGUACGAGAAGACGAAAGCGCGCCACGGAGACGCCACGUUCUCCAAGUUCAUGAAGAAGAUCUCGCGGUGUCCUCAGCAGAUCCUGCGGUACUGUCGUGGCGGGAAACCGCUCUUCAUCUCCGAGCCGCCGUCCAACAUGGCUCACGUGGUUUCGGCGUGCGGCUCCUGCGGCGGGUCCAGGACCUUUGAGCUGCAGCUGAUGCCGGCUCUGGUGAGCCUGCUGCAGAGGAGCGGCGGCGGCGAGGUGGAGCUGGAGUUCGGGACGGUGCUGGUUUAUACCUGCGCCAACAGCUGCUGGACUACAGGAUCUGGAUCCGCUGUGGAAGAGUUCUGCUUCGUUCAGACGGACCCGGACCAGCAGCUCUUUAAAUGAGGGGGUGGAGGAUCAGUCGGAUCCUCGCUGCGGUUUAAUCCCGACACUGUUCUGAAUCAUUACAGACUUUUAAAAGUUCACUUCCAAAAACUUUUGUUCUCUCCUAAUAAAUCCAGUAAACGUC